UUAUAGGGAGAUUUCUCUAAAUUGCUUGCAUUUCAUUAGCUAGCCAUGAGUGAAAAUAUGGUGGUUGAGAAAGAGAUAGUUGUUCAAGAAAAUCAUGUUGAGAAAGAGGAAGGUGAAAAAAUGGAAACAAAAAAAAGGAAGCUUGGAGGAAUGAAAACAAUGCCCUUUAUACUUGCAAAUGAAGUAUGUGACAGAUUUGUGGGUGCUGGAUUUCAUAGCAACUUGAUAACAUACCUAACACAAGUGCUAAAUGUGCCUUUAAUAAAAGCAUCCAACACCCUAGCCAACUUUAGUGGUGUUUCAAAUUUCACUCCACUUAUUGGUGCUCUUGUUGCUGAUUCAUUUGCUGGUCGAUUUUGGACUAUUAUUGUUGGUUCCAUUAUUUAUGAAAUGGGACUGGUGAGCAUAACUAUCUCAGCAAUUAUGCCACAACUCCGUCCUCCACCAUGUCCAACUCAAGAGAAUUGCAAAGAAGCUUCGAAUUCGCAGCUUUGGGCACUCUACAUUUGCCUACUUUUGACAUCCAUUGGUACAGGAGGCCUUAGACCUUGUGUAGUUACAUUUGCUGCUGAUCAACUAGACAUGAGGAAAUCUAAAGUAGAAUCGCGAAAGUGGAACUUUUAUAAUUUGUUCUAUUUCUGUGUCACAAUGGCUACGUUAACUGCAUUAACUGUUGUCGUUUAUAUACAAGAUAACGUAAAUUGGGGAUGGGGUCUUGGACUUUUAACAAUUGCUAUGGCAUUGUCUGUUGUCGCGUUUGUUGUUGGAUCUCCAUUUUACAGAAAAGUAGAACCAGGAGGAAGUCCGUUAAUCAGAUUGACACAGGUUAUUGUUGCCUCAGUGAGGAAGAGAAAAGUCAUUGUUCCAGACGAUGAUCGUCUCUUAUAUGAGAACAGAGAGCUUGAUUCUGCUAUCUCACAUGAUGGAAGGCUUUUGCAUACUAAUCAGUUCAAGUGGAUUGAUCGAGCAGCUGUAGUAACCGGCAAUGACAUGAAAGAGACGUGCCAGCCAAAUUUAUGGAGGCUAGCUACCGUUCAUAGAACGGAAGAGCUAAAAUGCAUCCUUAGGAUGCUGCCGAUUUGGGCUGCAGGGAUAUUACAUUUUGCUUCACAUUCACAUGUAAGCAGCUUUACAAUCCAACAGGCGCGAAGUAUGGAUCGUCAUCUAUCCCACAGCUUCCAAAUACCUCCAGCCAGCAUGUCUAUUUUUAGUGUCCUAACGGUGCUCAUUGGCCUAGCGCUUUAUGAGCGCUUCUUUGUUCCUUUUGCUCGUCGAUUUACAGGACACAAAUCAGGUGUUACAUGCUUACAGAGAAUGGGAAUAGGAUUCGCCAUUAAUAUUCUUGCUACUGCAACUUCAGCGCUAGCUGAGAUCAAGCGUAAAAAGGCAGCUGCAGAUCAUAACUUACUUAAUCAACCAAUGACUCAUGUCAUUCCUAUUAGUGUCUUCUGGUUGGUUCCGCAGUAUUGCCUUCACGGCGUAGCUGAAGUCUUCAUGAGUGUUGGACACCUUGAAUUUCUCAUUGAACAAUUCCCUGAAAGCAUGAGAAGCACUGGAGCUGCACUCAACUCGUUAGCUUCGUCGUUUGGAAAUUACUUAGGUACAUUUAUAGUAACUCUAGUUCAUCAGUAUACUGGAAAAGAAAGGAAUUGGCUACCAGAUAGGAAUCUCAACAGAGGAAGACUUGAAAACUUUUAUUGGCUUAUGGCUGGAGUACAAGUAGUAAAUUUUGUAUACUAUCUUAUAUGUGCAUCAUUGUAUAAAUAUAAACCAUUGGAAGAGAUUAUUGAAGGAUGCAAAGGGACAGAUGUGGAAUUAGCUGAUGAAACUAUGUUAGUAGACAAUUCUAAAGGUGAUGGACAAACAGAUAGAGCAAGAAACGGAAUGAACUAAUAUAUUGCUUAGUUAAACUAGUAGACAUUUUAGUUUUCAAGUUUUAGUUAUCACAAGUUGUUACCGUUAAAUGUACCAAAAAUAAAGGCUGAAAUUAUUACUCCCUCUGUUCCAAUUUAUGUGAAACAUCUCAAUUUUCGAGAUUCAAGCAA